UGCUGCUGCGCAGUGGGGACAGCACAGAGUCCGGGAUCCUGCGGGUGCGCUGGGGCUCAGCGGCACUCGGAAACCACCAGCCAUGAUGUUUUGGGGUCUUCUUUCCCUCCUCCUCUUUGCUGCAGCCAGCGGGACCCCUGUUGGGGACCAGGAUGAGGAUAUCCAAGUGCAGGAGAAUUUCGAGGCUGAGCGGAUGUACGGGAAGUGGUACGACAUCGCCAUCGGCACAAACUGCAAAUGGAUGAAGAACUACAAGGAGAAGUUCAGCAUGGGCACGCUGGUGCUGGGCCCUGGCCCCAGCGCCAACCAGAUCAGCACUGCCAGCACCAGGCUGCGGCAAGGUGACUGCACGCACGUCUCAGGGGAGUACCAGAAAACCAGCACCCCCGGCAAAUACACCUACUAUAACCCCAAAUGGGAUGUGUCUAUCCGGUCCUAUGUGCUCCGCACCAAUUACGAAGAAUAUGCUGUCAUUCUGAUGAAGAAGAAAAGUAGUUUUGGCCCAAGCACCACCCUGAAGCUGUAUGGGAGGAGCCCGGAGCUGCGGGAAGACCUCAUCGAAUCUUUCCAGCAGCUGGCUGUAGAGAUGGGCAUCCCCGCAGACUCCAUCUUCAUCUUGGCCAACAGAGGUGAAUGUGUUCCUCAGGAGACUGCAACUGCCUCCCAGAGGGCCCGGAGAGCAGUCCUGCCCCCUGAGGAGGGCUCGGCCGCAGGACCCCUGCCCCCUUACACCGGCAAUAAGGAAGACUCGUGUCGGCUGGGCCAGGACGCCGGGCCCUGCAGCGGGAUGCUCUCCCGCUUCUUCUACAACUCCUCCUCCAUGGCCUGCGAAACCUUCCUCUACGGCGGCUGUCUGGGCAACGGCAACAACUUCUACUCGGAGAAGGAGUGCCUGCAGGCGUGCCGGACGGAGGCUGCCUGCAGGCUGCCCGUCGUCCAGGGUCCCUGCCAGAAGCCGGUGACGCGCUGGGCUUUCGACGCCGCUCAGGGCAAGUGCAUCACAUUCAGCUACGGAGGCUGCAAGGGCAACGGGAACCAGUUCUACUCGGAGAAGGAGUGCAAGGAGUACUGCGGGGCUCCUCCGCUGGCAGAGGACGAGGAGUUCCUGCAUCUGUCAAACUGACGCGGGCGGAGGACGAGCUGCCGGCACCCAGCACCGGAGCCUGGGCAGGAGGGUGCCAGCAGGUGCCAGCAGCACAGGAGAUGCCUCCAGCAGUAAAUGUCUCUAAUGUGA